CUCCUUUUAAGGGAGCUCAUCACCCAAGAACUCCAAAGUUAAGCGUGCUUGCACGGGAGUAGUCUUGGGAUGGGUGACCCCCUGGGAAGUUUCUCAGGGCGCGCAUGAGUGAGGACAAAGUGCGCGGUAAAGGCUAGUGGCGGUUUGUGGGGACAGUACUAUUGGUCCGGAGUAACUACCUCGGGUCCGGUGGGGCCGGGGUGUUACAGGUGGUAUCAGAGCAACCCUGCGACAGUGUGUUGACCCGUUGGAUAUCGAGCGGACACUUAGCAGGGGAAGAUUCUGGGAUUUGAUUGAGAUUUGAGAUUGGUUCAAGGGCGCAACGAGGACGUUGCGAUCCUAAGUGGGGGUGAUUGUAACACUUGAGAUUUAAUAUAAAUGGAUUAAUAGUACUACUCAUACCAACAGAGGUGCAUCUCCUUUUAAGGGAGCUCAUCACCCAAGAACUCCAAAGUUAAGCGUGCUUGCACGGGAGUAGUCUUGGGAUGGGUGACCCCCUGGGAAGUUUCUCAGGGCGCGCAUGAGUGAGGACAAAGUGCGCGGUAAAGGCUAGUGGCGGUUUGUGGGGACAGUACUAUUGGUCCGGAGUAACUACCUCGGGUCCGGUGGGGCCGGGGUGUUACAUUGUCGGACGCUUGAUAGCGGGAUUCGGAAGGUUAGCUUGGAAGGGGCGAGUGGGUUAUAGGAGGGAUUGCGAGAACAAGGGGAAGGGGUUUUUUCAACCGAAUCUUACGAAUCCACCAUGAGUAUUGUUAGCUGGAAUUGUAAAGGACUGGGAACCCAACCACGAUGCAAGGUCUCACGGAUAUUGUUAACCAACAUAGGCCGUCAAUCCUGUUUCUAAUGGAGACUAAGCUUCGGUGCCAGCGCGCGAAGGAGAUACUGCGGUCUUUGGGAUUUACCAAUGCGGCAGGUUAUGAUUGUGAAGGAUGAAGUGGUGGCUUGAUAAUGGGUUGGCACGAGGAUGUGGAGAUAAGAAUUCUAGAGGAGAACCCAAAUUACUUAAAUUGUAGAGUAAAGCUUCACACGGGGGGGGGGGGGGGGGAUGACAUGGAAGUUGACAGCGUAUUAUGCAUUCCCGGAUACAGUCAAAAGAAGAGCAGCCUGGACAAUGUUACAGAACCUGGCUGAAGGAGUUUCGGAGCCAUGGAUGGUGAUAGGGGAUAUGAAUGAUAUCCUUUAUGAUUCGGAAAAGAAGGGCAGAGUUGUUCACCCGGUUUGGAGGAUUCGUGGUUUUCAGGAGGCUGUUUUGGCUAGUGGAUUGAGGGACCUCCCUUUUGACGGGUACCAAUGGACUUGGGAGCGGGGAAAAGAUACGGACUUCUAGGUUCAAGAGAAACUGGAUCGCAUACUGGUCAACGAUCUCUGGUGGGACAGUUUUAUGGCCGCCAAAGCUUCUUCGGUUGAAGCCCCAACUAGUGAUCACGUGGCACUCUUGGUCCAUAUCAAACCUACGGUCCAAGAUCAUUAUAGGAUGGAGUUUAGGUUUGAGAAUGGAUGGCUGAGAGAGGAGGAAUGUCAUACGAUUGUUACGAAUACAUGGAGAGCAGGCAAAGGAAUGAAUGUGUGUGAUCGUUUGAAUUUCUGCAGGGAGGAACAAUAACGAUGGGAUAAACGUAGGACAAAGAGCUCUCGGCACCAAAUAAUUGCAUAUAAAAAACGUCUGACAUAUAUGCGGCGGAGGGAUGACUCGAAUAUUAUAACGGAGUUUGUGCGGGUGAAGCACAUCAUUAUAGAUCUGUUGGAGAAGGAAAAAUUUAUACUGGAAGCAAAGAUCGAAAGAAUUUUGGUUGAAGGAAGGAGAUGUUAAUUCAAAAUUUUUCCAUAAUGUUGUGAAAGCUAGGCGAAGGAAGAAUAAAUUGAUAUGGCUCCGCGCUGAGGGAGGAGCUUGGAUUACGGACAGGGGAGAGGUGGCAGGUUUGGUGGAAGAGUAUUUUUCCACGCUGUUUACUGAUUCGGGUGAGGCAGGGAAUUUCGAGGAGCUGGGUCACUUUCGCAAAGUAAGCUACCCCCAGAACCAGAAACUACUUUGCCCAAUUACUGCGCAGGAGGUCAACAAUGCUAUCUUUGAGAUGCAUCCUGAUAAAGCUCUAGGUAAGGAUAUGAUGGCAUGAACCCAGCAUUUUUCCAAAAGUUUUGGGAUGUUGUGGGACCGGAGGUGGUCGAUUUGUGCAAUAAACUCUUUGAGUCAGGUGUUAUCCCUACGGAAUUAAAUCUAAUUAAUACAGUUUUAAUUCCAAAAAAGGAUAAACCGGAAGUUUUGGUGGACUGGAGACCAAUUGCUUUAUGUAAUGUUGUCUAUAAUUUUUUUUAGAAGUUCUAGCCAACAGAAUGAAAGGCAUUCUAGGAUCUCUUGUAGGGGAUAGUCAAAGUGCUUUUAUUCCUGGCAGAUCCAUUGUUGAUAACACUGUUGUUGCUUUUGAAACCCAACAUUUUUUGAAAGGAAAAAGGAAAGGGAAGGAGGGCUUUGCGGCUUUGAAGCUUGAUAUGAGCAAGGCUUAUGACAGAGUCAGUUGGAUUUUUUUUGAAGCAGAUCAUGCUUCGAAUGGAGUUUGAUCCGAGGUGGGUGGAGGUUGUUAUGGCGUGUGUGUCGUCGGUGAAUUAUUUUAUUCAGGUUGACAGGGAUCAUUUGCGGCCGAUCACCCAGGAAGGGGGCUGCGACAGGGGGAUCCUCUUUCCCCAUAUUUGUUUAUUUUAGUGGCAGAAGGAUUGAGCUCUAUGAUUAAUAGGGCGGUGGCGGGUGGUAGAAUCCAUGGAGUGGCAGUCUGCAAAGGAGCCCCGAUAAUUAGCCUUUUUUUUUGCAGAUGAUAGCUUCUUGUUCUUUAGAGCUAACAAGAAUGAAUGCGGCCAAGUUAAGAGUAUUUUAUCCCAAUAUGAAAAGUUAUCGGGUCAGAUGGUUAACUUUGACAAAUCAUCGGUGGUUUUCAGCCCCAAUACUGUGGAGACCGAGAGGGUGAGCUGCCGAGCCAGGUUGGGAAUUAGGGCCGGGGUGGAACAAGGUAAGUACCUCGGAUUACCUGCUUUGGUUUGUAGGAAUAAAUCCGCUAUAUGGGGCUACAUUAGGGAUAUAAUUUUUAGUAGAAUCAAGAGCUGGAACAACAGGUUUUUAUCGAGAGCUGGGAGGGCAGUACUGUUAAAAUGUGGUCCAAGCUAUGCCAUCUUAUGCUAUGAAUGUUUUUUAUUACCUCAGGAGCUCUGUAACAAAAUUGAGAAGCUUAUGAAUGGGUUUUGGUGGAGAGGAACGAAGCUGGAUCAAAAAGGUUUAAGAUGGAGGAGUUGGGAGAGAUUGAGUAAACCGCGAGAAGUAGGAGGUCUGGGCUUUAGAAGAAUUAGAGAAUUUAUUAUUGCGAUGUUAGCAAAGCAAGGAUGAAAGCUCACUAGAGAUGAUAACAGUUUGAUGUGUCGGGUUUUAAAAGCUAGGUAUUAUCCCAAAUCGUCUUUCUUGGAGUCUAAUUUGGGGAAUAAUCCGUCUUUUAUAUGGAGAAGCAUCUUUGAAACACUAGGAAUUCUUAAGGAAAAUAUUAGAAGAAGGGUGGGAAAUGGGGUUGAUGUUCAGGUAUGGGCUGAUGCAUGGCUUGCGGGGAACAGAUGCGAACGUGUGACGUCACCAAAACCGUUGUAUGUAAGUGAUAUGAAUGUGGCGGCAUUAAGGGAUAGUUCGGGGAAAAAGUGGAAUUAUGAGAGAAUUAAUUCUAUCUUUAAUAAUGAAGACAAGGAGCGGAUUUUGAGCAUUCCGAUUAGUCAUCAUAAUAAAAAGGAUAGUUAUUGGUGGUGUGGGGAAGAGAAUGGGAACGCUUAUGUGAAAAGUUGUUAUAGAUUACUUAUGGGGAACAUCUUAAACUUGGAAGUUCUUCCGAAGUUUAAAUAUCUUGUUUGGCAAAUGAUUGAUGGUUCCAUGCCUGCGGUAGAUAACUUGAGGCGUAAAGGUGUUCAGAUUGUGGGAGGAUGCAAACUUUGCGGAGAUGGGGAUGAGUCCCUUGAUCAUGUGGUAAGGGUGUGUCUGUGGGCUAAGCAGGUUUGGGACCAGGCGGGUAUUGGAGUGGACUUGGUCAACUCGGUGGAAGAUUGGAUGAGAGGAAAACUGGAGUCGGGUAGUCCUAAGGAGAAAGAAAAAUUUGUUUCAUUAUUAUGGAGUAUUUGGAAAAGAAGGAAUAAUGUAGUUCGGAAAGAUAAAAAAGAAUCAGCGAGUUGUGUUCUUAAUGCAGCGACAAGUAUGGCAGAAGGGUGAAAAUAUGUGCAGCAGAGGCAGUCUGGCCCUCUGCAGCAGGACGAACUGGUGCCAACUCGGGGAGGAACUAGUGAGACUACAACAACUUCUCGUAUGGAUGGCGUAGCUGAUGAUGGAAAUUUGGGUGGUGUGCAACAGCUAAUUCCAGGACAGUUCUCUGCUUUGCAGCGGGGUCCAGUUUCAGAGUAGGUUGGAAGGAAGCAUCACGACAGAAGCAGAUUAGGGCUCUUAAUGAGGCUGGGGAAGAUUAGGGCAUGGGUAUGGAUUGCAUGAAAUGCGGAAGGAGAAUUUAUAAAGGCCAAAGGAGUGUCAGCGAAAGGGUCACGGUCGGUUGCCGAGACAGAAGCAUUAGGUAUGCGGGAUGCAGUCAUGGAAGCAGUUAAGGAAGGAUGGAACAAGGUGGAAUUUGAGACCGAUGCUAUGACAGUGGUGCAAGGAAUUCAGAAGGGAGAUGGCUCGGCUUGUUUACAUUUAAUUAUUGAUCGAUGAUAUUAGAGCUAUUUGGAGUCUAAGAGGAAUUUUGUUAUCCAUCAGCGAAUCGUGCUGCUCAUGCAUUGGCUAGAGCACACGUUUGUUUAUCUCAGAUAAGGAGUGUGUUUAUGAGUUUGCUCCUCAGUGUGUUGUAAGCCAUCUAGCGACUGAUUUGAUUAAUUAAUAUAUGGUUGGAUUGGAUGAUCAAAAAUAAAAAUUCAUUUGAACCACACAUGUGUAGAAUAUCAUUUUUCCUCUUAUUACCAAUAUAAGACAAUAAAAGAACUAAUCGAAAAAAGUGAAACUAUUUGACAUUACAAUGUUACAAAUUAUAAGAAAAGAAGAGAAGGAAAAAAUUUUAAAAAGUGCAUUUCAUAUGACAUAAUAGGAAAAUAAUAAAAGAUUAUAUUUAUAUUAGUAAAGCUUUGAGAUUCAUAUGAUCAAACCAAAUCAAACCUUUUUUUGGAUCAGGUAUCAAACCUUUCUCGGGCCAGAUUAUAUUAACACAAAUUGUGAACAAAGUUGUGUCUAUUAAAAAAUUUCAGUGUUUUAUCCAAUAUAUAUCACUCUAAGAACUUAUGCAACUCCCUCCUUAGAUUAAAUGUAUGUUUGCAUCUCUGAAAUAUGGCAG